AUGGCCCACGCGGCCGCUGAGGCACCGGGCACCACCGCCGCGUGGGAGCGCCUCCUGGCGUGCGUGGCCCGCGCGGACGUGCUCGAGGAAUUGCCCGCCUCAGGCUUGGCCGAUCUUCUUUGGGCCUUCGCUCGCCUCAGCUGCCGGGAGAGGCACCGCACGGUGCGCCUCGUGACCUCGUCCCUGAUGACCGGCGCGGGCGCGACCGGCGAGCUGGAUGACCAGGGGCUGGUGAACACGGUCUGGGCGUUGGCCAAGUUGUUCGUGGAGGACGCAGCACCUCACGUGGAAGCCCUCGCCUUGAUGGUACGAAGUCGCACGAGCCGCUUGCGGCUGUAG